AUGCCCGAGAUCCCGUAUGAAUGGGUCGCUGUGUAUCCUGAUGGGUAUUUAACGACGGUUCGAACACAAUAUGUCAACGUGAACGGCACCAAACUGGCCUACCGCCGGUUUGGUAAGAAGGGCGGGAAUCCCGUCUUCUACUUCAACCAUCUCCGAGCUGCCAUGGACGUUACCGAUCCACUGCUGUUCAACUACAUCGCCCAGUAUCGCGAGGUCAUCUUGUUCGACAAUGCCGGCAUCGGCCAUAGCGGCGGCGAUGUCCAGACCACUAUUGAGGGCAUGGGUGACACCGCCGUUGCCUUGAUCCAGGCUCUCGACGUCCAGAAAGUGGUUGCUUUUGGCUUCUCCUUGGGCGGCGGUGUAGCUCAGUACAUCUCGUGGCAAUACCCCGAGCUGGUUGAAAAGGCAGUCUUUUCUGGCACGCAACCCUCUGCCGGGCCAGGAUUAGCCUCACCUGAUCCCGUGGUGUUCGAUGUUGCCCUGUCACCUGGCGAGCCUACCGAGGAGGACAUGCUUUUCCUUUUCUUUCCCGACACAAACACAAGCCGAACUCAAGGUCACGACUGGUUCCAACGAAGGACAGACCGUCGCGUCAAGGGCGAGGCUCUGAGCGGCUCUUUGAUGGAACCUGGUGCCUCGGCUCAGGUAGCAGCAAUCUCCGACUUCACCACCAACACAGAGAACUUUGCCCGGCUACAGGAUAUCAAGGUUCCCGUCUUGGUCACCAACGGAUACAACGACAUUAUGGCACCCACUGUCAACAGCUAUGUCCUGCAGCAACAGCUCCCUUAUGGAUACUUGCACAUCUACCCCGACUCUGGCCAUGGUCAUCUUUUCCAGUUCCCUAAGCAAUACGCCGAGGCACUGAAGGAUUUCCUGGAUGUGUGA